GCGGAGAUCUCAAAGCUCCAGCCAGCCUGAGUUCUCAUUCCCGACGCCUGCGUCGUGGCUCGAGUGCGCGUGCGAGCAGGGGGCGGUACACGUCCCCAGUGCUUAGGCACCUGCGCAGUAGUGCAUCUUCCCGACUUGCAGUUUCCGGCGACGGUUGAGCCACUGGUCUUAUGGUGUUCCCUAAACCUUUCCCAACUCCCCCGGGCGCUAGUUAAACUACUGUUAUGAUUAUUAAUAUAGUUUUUAUUCAUUUCUUGCUGAAGGCGUCUGAACGCUGUAUGUCUGCCGUCGGAGGCCCGGCCUAGCCGAGCGUGGAGAGGCUCGUCACCAGAAGGUCAGCCCGCUGGGUGCUCCCUUAUUAUUGUUAUUUUUUUGACCGCGAAAACCAUGAAUCGGGCAGAAAUACAAAAUGGCCCCCCGCCCUAUGACGGCCCCUCCUGCAGUGACGGCGGCCGAGGCGGAGGCGGAAGCGGAAAGGCGCAAAAGGGCCCCCAGGGCGCCAAGAGACCCUAUAUUAACAUAGAUUUAGCCGUUGGGACUUUCAACGUGGGUUCCUUGUCCACUGACGAAUUAGUAGACACGCUACUCGAGGAACUUAAAAACAUACACAUUGAUAUCCUUGCUAUAAAUGAAACUAGACGAGAGCAAGAAGUUUCAUCUGAAUGGAAGGAUGGUUGGCAGGUUCUCCUCGGAGAGGGGAAUGAAGGAGUUGGUGGGGUUGGUUUCAUGGUGGGCCCAAAGGCAACGAGGAAUAUAAUUUCGUGGUAUACUUGGUCAUCUCGACUUGCAGUGCUUACAAUGAGGGUCAGCCGAGAUGCCACCAUGAAAAUCAUAGCUGCUUAUGCACCAAGAUCCAUAGCAGAGGAAGAAGAAGUAGAUAAAUUCUAUGAGGAUCUUGAUAAAAUCCUCCAAAUUGAAUCAGCAUAUACUUUGAUACUUGGUGACUUCAAUGCAAAAGUGGGCACAGGUGAGGAAGGGGAAGAGUAUGUUGGAAGGUAUGGUUCUGGCUCAAGAGAUCAAAGAGGCCAAAGGCUUGUAGACUAUGCAGAAGCCUCACAUCUGUAUAUAAUGAAUACUUUCUUCAUGAAGAGAGUAGGAAGGCGCUGGACGUGGUCACCAGAUGAAGUUAUAAAAGAAGAAGUUGACUAUAUUUUAACAGAUAAAAAACAACUGGUUACAGAUGUGGCUGUCAUUUCAGAAUCAGUUGUCUGUAUGCAGUCAUAUCAUAGAUUGGUUCGGGCAAAAGUUAAAUUAAACACCAAACUAGAAGAAAGAAUGAAGAUGAAAAGAAGGCAUUGUGUGCGAUUACAACAGCUUGAGGAAGAACUCUUUCAACACACUGUGGAAUCCCAAAACUGGGAAAUGAACAGAAAUAGAGACUAUGACUCUGAAUAUGAACGACAUUUACUACAAAAAAUUAACCGUUGCAAAAAAAUCAUUACAAUGAAGAGACCAAAAGAACCCAGAAACCGCCUUAGCCAAGAAACACUCAAUCUCCUUGCUAAGAGGAGAGACAUGGCAGCUAGGGGUGAUAAGGGACCUGAAUACAAGGCCAUUUGCAAAACACUAAGGAAAAAGAUGACAGAAGAUUAUGAACAAUAUCGCCAAACUAGACAGCAAAAAGCAGUUGAAGAGAGAACAGUUGGUCAUCAGAGAGGUUGUCAUGAAAACCCACCAAAAUAUAGUUUCCAAAAAGGAUUUGCAGAAAGAAUUGGAAGGAGGACAGCAAACAGAUGGGAAAUAGAACAGACUGUUCCUGGCCGUCCAGAAAUGGCUACUUCCCAAUCAGGAAGCAGUGGAGGUACAAAGUGGAAAGGAUUUAUUAACCAAAUUAACAAGUCUGUAGAGAAUUACCAGCCAUGUCCAAGGGAAAACUGCAGCUGCCACCUUGGUGUCAUGGAGAAGGAUUUGGCCCCCUUCCAAGGGGGCAUCUCCAAAGAGGUGAUGACCACUCUGGUUAGCCGGAAGCUAGGGACACACUAUCAGAUUAUCAAGAAUGAAUUGUACAGGGAACACGAUUGCAUGUUCCCUGCAAGGUGCAGUGGUGUGGAGCACUUUAUUUUGCAAGUAAUCAACCACCUUCCUGACAUGGAGAUGGUGAUAAAUGUUCGGGAUUAUCCCCAAGUUCCUAAGUGGAUGGAACCUGCCAUUCCAGUCUUUUCCUUCAGCAAGACUAAUGAGUACCAUGAUAUCAUGUAUCCUGCAUGGACAUUUUGGGAAGGGGGACCAGCUGUUUGGCCAAUUUAUCCUACGGGUCUCGGGCGAUGGGAUCUUUUAAGAGAAGAUCUUGCAAGGUCUGCAGAGAAGUGGCCGUGGGAAAGGAAAAUAUCCAGAGGAUACUUCAGGGGGUCCAGGACAAGUCCAGAGAGAGAUCCUCUAAUUCUUCUAUCUCGGGAAAACCCAGGACUUGUUGAUGCAGAGUACACUAAGAAUCAGGCCUGGAAAUCUGAGAAAGAUACUCUUGGAAAACCACCUGCUAAGGAAGUCCCACUUGUGGAUCACUGCAAGUAUAAAUACCUGUUUAAUUUUCGGGGGGUAGCUGCAAGUUUCCGGUUCAAACACCUCUUCCUGUGUGGCUCACUAGUCUUUCAUGUAGGUGAGGAAUGGCACGAAUUCUUCUAUGAACAGCUGAAGCCAUGGGUUCAUUACAUCCCAGUCAAUACAGACCUCUCCAAUGUCAGGGAACUUCUACAAUUUGUGAAGGAAAAUGAUGAUUUAGCCCAAGAGAUUGCUGAGAGAGGGCGACAAUUUAUCAUCAACCAUUUGCAGAUGGAGGACAUUUCCUGUUAUUGGAAGAUUUUGUUGACUGAAUAUUCCAAAGCUUUGUCCUACAAAGUGAAGAAAAAGAAAGACUAUGGCAAAAUAACUCCCAAACUUUUGAAAACAGAACUUUAAAAACUACUUUUAUCCUUGUGGUAGAAUGAUUUCAUUUGGAUAUCUUCAUGGAAAGAUGCAGAGUAUCUCCAUCAUUUGGAUGAGAUUAUAAUUGCCUUUGGUAACUUGUAUGUUACACACUAUCUAAUACUAACCAAAUAACUAGUUUUCCUUAUCUUUCUGCAAUCAGAGGCUCAAGAAAAUCCAGAUUCUCAGAGUCAUACAAUGAUAGAACAUAGACUUGGAAGCCAGAUUUGUAGUCAGAAGACUUUGGUUUUAAUUCUGACUCUGUUUGCCAAGUCAUUAAGCUUUUUGUGCCUCAGUGUCCUCAUCUAUAAAAUAAAAUAGUUGAAUUGGAUGCCCUCCAAGAUCUCUUCUAACUCUAGUCUAUGAUCAUAGAAGCAACAUUUUUCCCUUUAGCUUAAAUAGGGACCAAAAAAUCAGACUAUAUGAGUUUUUAUUUUUCUGUGUCUCAGAUUGGCUCUGUACAAUUAUGCUUUAUUUACUUUUCUAUGUAAGAAUCCUAAUGGUCAUUUCAUUUAUGAUCAUUGUGAAAUGUAAAAUGGCUUUUGGAACCUAUUGGGCACAUUAUCCAGAGCAAACAAAGAGCCAUUUAGAAAUAUAAUAGGUUUUAUCUCUGCUAUUUCCCCUGGUUUGAUCCAGCUAAGUCUGGCUGAUGUAUACAAAAUAUUUGGGGAUCAUUUACUGAAAGGUAUAUAGGAAUGAAAGUAUAUAUCAUGCAAUUAAUUUUUUUAAACUUUUUUUAAAAAUGUAAACUUUUCUGUACUUGGGGAAGAUUUUAUAUUUUUGUGUAGAAAGGUACUAGUUCUUAAAUAUUGCAGUUGGAUGUCUAACCCCUAUUCUCACAGGUAAUUUUAUUGACUUUAUAUAAUCAAUUAACAAGCAUUUACUUACUAUGUGCCAGCUACUGUACUAAAGGCUGGGAAAAGAAAAGCAAAAACAAUUCUUGCCUUAAAGAAGUUUACAACAUAUGUCUAAAUAGGUACAUACAAGACAUAUGCAGAGGAGAUGGAAGGUCACCUUCAAGAGGAAGAAUCUAGCGAGAGGACAAAUUUGGUCCUUCCAAACAGUUUCAAGAAGCCAUGUAUCUGCAUCCAUGUACCUUUUUAAAAAUGGGCAGGAUGCACAUGCAACACAUGCCAAGCUAAUGAAUCUCCCAUUUAUUGGAACUGACAUCAGUAAGGUUUAUCAUGAAUGUAUAUUUUGUGAGAAACACCAACAAUCCACUUCAGUAAAUGUCAUCAGCUGAGAUUUGUAGCACCUAAUACUGUGGGACUCUCCUAUAACUCACUUCUAUAUAGCAAAUAAUUCUUUCAUUGUAAGAUCAUGUUAGACUCCCAAAUGUUUUGUUUUCUUCCAACUUUUUAGAUAACAGUGAGAUGUCUAAAGAAGCCUUCCCUAAUACAAUAAUGAAUUUGGGGCAGGGGGGACAGAAAUUAUGUGCCAAAAAUAAAGCCGUUUUAGCUGUUUCCUGGUCUAGGACAGGUAUAAAUGACAGCUGAAGGAGCCUACAAAACUACCCACUGUAGCCUGAAAGAGAUUAAGAUGUAAUUGGGAAAUGUUUGUUUAGCCAAAUAAAAAUGUAAUACAACAUAGAUGAUCAUGUGAAUUAAAUAUCUAGGAGACCUCUAAUCCAUUCUAGGCCUGGAAGUCUCAUGUAGUAGUGGUCAGUCAUGUGUCUUAAUUUGCCUGUGUGGCAGGUGAGAUUCCUGACUGGUGGUAGUCAAGGGAUGUGAGGUGUAGGAACUAAAGUUUAGGGAAGGGUUUAGACUGAGCUUAAAAAGCCAGUGGGUGAAGCAAACUGGCCCUCUCUCUACUAUUUUUUGGGCUUGUGAAAGGAGCUCUCUGAAAGCCAUCCCAGGGGGCUUGGCUUAUCUGUUGCCAUCUCUGGCAAGCACAAGCCACCCAAUCCAGGAACUACAAUUUGCAACCUCUGCCGGGGACUUUAAGUUAGGCUGGAAACCUUAUUUCUUGCUUUCUUCCUCUUUACUAAUAAAUACUUAUAAACUUAGUAUAAA